AUUGUGUAGCAGUCAGUACUGUGUUUUGGAGGACAGAGAUUGCGUAGCAGUCAGUACUGUGUUUUGGAGGACAGAGGUUGCGUAGCAGUCAGUACUGUGUUUUGGAGGACAGAGGUUGCGUAGCAGUCAGUACUGUGUUUUGGAGGACAGAGGUUGCAGAGCUGGUGGCAGUACUGUGAUUUGGAGGACAGAGAUUGCGUAGCAGUCAGUACUGUGUUUUGGAGGACAGAGGUUGCGUAGCAGUCAGUACUGUGUUUUGGAGAACAGAGGUUGCGUAGCAGUCAGUACUGUGAUUUGGAGGACAGAGAUUGUGUAGCAGUCAGUACUUUGUUUUGGAGGACAGAGAUUGCGUAGCAGUCAGUACUGUGUUUUGGAGGACAGAGAUUGCGUAGCAGUCAGUACUGUGUUUUGGAGGACAGAGAUUGUGUAGCAGUCAGUACUGUGUUUUGGAGGACAGAGGUUGCAGAGCUGGUGGCAGUACUGUGAUUCAGCAUAGAAUACUAGUAUGCAAUGAGGAAAAUUGUAUAACACACGAUGUUGCUCUGAGGUCUAGUGACACGUAUGCUUGGAAUCCUUGUUAUCGUAUCGCACUUCUCUGCAGUUCUAAUGAGGGUUUUUUAAAUCAUUCCAGAAGUACAGAAAUACAUACUCUUGAUGGCCUUUGGUUUGAGUUAUGAUAGUAAUCUGUCCUGCUCCCAAUUUCAAGAGAUAAUUUUAAUCCCACAUGUGCGUGGAGAACCAUGAGCCAGAAACAGAAACAGGUCAGGGGAGUCAGAUAUUUUCAACGGCAGAUUGCAUCGUCAGUACUGGCAUAUAGCUGGUUUAAUAACACAGGGACCCGUUUCUAUCUUAUACAGACAUAGUAACUAUGAGCCCAUCAAGGAUUUGAUGAAACCUUCCAUAAAGAACCCGUUUGUCACCUGAUAGGUCUGAUAUGGCCAUGGGGCGGAUACCAAUCCUGGUCAUUGAUCACAUUGAAUGGCUGCCUAUGGCGAGUUUUGUCCCCCCCAGAGCUGGGCCUGAAGGAAAUACAUUUCAAGCAUGGACCCUACUGUAGGCUACACCAAAUACAAUAUAUCAUUUAUUCAUAAAUGCUUUUGUGGUUGCUGUUUUUCCCCCUCAAAACGAUUUGCUGAUGAGUAGGAGCUUAAUAAAACCGCAUCAGAUGUAAUCUUCAUUGUGAGAUGUAGGUCAGGAGUUGAACAGAGACUUAUGGUUGGUAGGGCUGAAGUCAGCCUGGUCUCCGCUCUCUGAUACAACAGUCCAGUUAGCCAUGAUGGGAGGGGGAGAUAUGAUGAUGACACCCUUCCUCUGAGGGCUAGUAAGGUCAGGAUGCAGGUGACAUCACAGGACGCAGAGUCUCAAAAGGGAGGAGGGGUCAGAGAAAAGUGUUCCUGGAAACACGGCUUCCCUAAAGUGGGCGUAUGGUCACCAUGGCAGCCCUAUGACUCCCCUUUCACAGUAACAUCCGGACAGCACACACCCUGGAGCCUUGUCCUGGGUCUAGCAUGUACACCAAACAGGAUGGCGACCCCACUGCGCUGAACACUCAUGCCUCCGAAGCACUGAGGUCAGAGCAGUGCUUGUGAAAAAACACUAGAAAACAUGAGCCCAACACAGACUAGACCUGUUUUCAAAUAAAUUAUUUCAAAUACCAUGAACGAGGGUGUAUUUGAGUCAGUAUAUUUAAGUAUUUCAAGUAACUACUUGAAAAAUAUCUUAAUUCUUACUUCCAAAUGUCUUUGAAAGUAAUUGGAAUACCUGAAAUAGUAUUGCAACCCACGUCUGACACAGGCAUACUGUAGUACCUGUAAAGGAAGUCUGUUAAAGUACCAAGGGGCUGACAGCACAGUCCUGUUAUAAAGACUGGUUCAACACAGGUCACACAGAGAGCCAAGAUACUCGGGAUAGAGGCUGAGAUCUGAGAUCAUUAGCAGCCACUCACUGCUAGCAGUGUUCUGUCAGCAUGGUUAGACACCGCAUCAAACACCAGUUGUCCUAGCUUAAUGAUGUAGUGAGGCAGUGCAUGCCUGGUUUGACUUCUGAGGCACUGAGACUGCUCUGCUCUCUGGUUUCAUGUGAGGAUGUGUGGACUGUGAAAUGGGCCCGCUGAACUGUCAUGAUGAACGCUCCCAAUCUUCAGAAAGUCCUGGAGAGCCUUUUAAUCCCUUGGCUGCAUGUUUCGGCAGGACCAAACCAAAACUGGACCAAUCCAAAACUGGGGCACACCAGAAUCUUAGUCAUCUGCAGAGCUGGAGAACGUCCUAAAAUAACUUGGAAUGGGUGUACGCUUUCCAGACUUAAAACAUAUAAUUGUAUCUGACUGUGUGGACAUAACUGUCAUCUAAUAGUCCUCUGCAUUGUGUUAUUGAAUGUGGAUGAGGAACACGUGUAGUACCUUUACUCAUCCGGUUUGGGAAAGUGAGGAGAGACAGUUGGAGGAUUGGAGUCUGAGGCACCAUGCAGUCUGACGACCUCUUCCUCCGCAAGUUCUGCCGGCAAAGGCCGCGACCCCCUCUGGCAACGGUCAACUUUGACUCUAAGCGGGACGGUGGGGUACGGGCGCGGGUGCUGGCAGGGGAGUGGCCCCCGAGGAGGGACGGGGAGGGGGCAGAUGGGGAGAGCCUUACUAACCCGAACCGUGUGAGUCUGAACCUGAGGUCCGUGGGCCGAGGACACAUCAUGCAGAGAAGCAACAGUGACGUGACUCUGGGUGACCUGGACUCUUCUGGUAAGGUGGGAGGGAAGGCCACACGGGCGGUGGGGGAGAAGGCAGGUGCCGGGGCUCAGGGGGACUCAGGGGUGGUGCUGCACAGGGAGUAUGGCAGCCUCUCCUCACUGGAGAGACAGACAGGUCUGUCAGGAACACAGGAGCUCAGUGCAGACGACCAGGGAGCUCUGAGCCCCAACGCCCUCCGCUUCAAAGACCCCUUCCUUCUGCUGGGUCUGCAUGCAACACCCCCAGAACCAGACGGCUUCUUCAGGGCUCUUUCCGCCCCCACAGGAGAAACUCCAAAACCAGCCAAGCCCCCCAAGCCUGAGGGGCUGAGCAAGAAGGCCAAGCCUUCACCCCCACAGAUCCCCCAACCAGGUCCUUAUGACAACCUGGGAGGCGGAGCCUGGGUCAGGAACUUUGCCCACUAUGAUGUUCAGAGCAUUCUGUUUGAUCUCUUGGAAGCAGCCAGCAAUCGGGACAGCAUCGGCCGCAAAAAGAACAUCACCUCAGGGGCGUCGGCCGCCUCAACGAUGCGCCCCCUCACCCAGGCCACACCCUCCUCCCCCUCGCAGGGUGGGGGUAGUGGUGGGGGGGCUGUGGAGGACCCUGACCAGUGUCUGCUGGACGAGGGAGAUGGGAACGACAACGAGCUGCUGCUCAGCUGCCCCCACUUCCGUAACGAGAUGGGGGGUGAGGAGCGGGCGGGCCUGGGGAAUACACAGGGAAGAGGGUGCCUGUGGCUGAGCUUGAGGAACCCCAACGAUGCAGUGUCAGUACUGGAGGAACCCAGAGAGAGCCACGUCCAACAGCAGGGCAAGAGCAACUACUUCAUAGAACACGCAGACCUGGGAGCCCACUACUACCGCAAAUACUUCUACAUGAAAGAUCAUCAGAACUUCUUUGGUAUAGAUGACCGCCUGGGUCCAGUGGCCAUCAGCUUCCGUAGAGAGGAGAAGGAGGGGUCCAGUGGAGCUCAGUAUAACUACAGAAUCAUCUUCAGAACCACUGAGCUGAAGACUCUGAGAGGCUCCAUCCUGGAGGAGUCCGUGCCGUCAGCGGCCCGCCACACCACCCCGCGCGGCCUGUCUCCCAAGAGGCUCCUGGAGUUCAUCAUCCCUGAGCUCAACCUCCACUGCUUGCGUCUGGCCUCCACCUCGCCCAAGGUCCGAGAUACCCUGCUCAAGCUGGACGAACAGGGGCUGAACUUCCAGAGGAAGGUGGGGGUGAUGUACUGCCGUGCAGGCCAGAGCUCUGAGGAGGACAUGUACAACAACGAGAGCUCUGGGCCGGCUUUCGAGGAGUUCCUGGACCUGCUGGGGGAGCGAGUGAAGCUUAAAGGCUGGGAGAAGUACCGCGCUCAGCUGGACACCAAGACGGACUCCACGGGGAUCCAGUCCCUCUACACGCGCUACCAGGACUAUGAGGUCAUGUUCCACGUGUCCACCAUGCUGCCCUACACGGCCAACAACACACAACAGUUGCUGAGGAAGAGGCACAUUGGGAAUGACAUAGUGACCAUAGUGUUCCAGGAGCCAGGGGCUUUGCCCUUCACUCCUAAGGCCAUUCGCUCCCAUUUCCAACAUGUCUUCAUCAUCAUCCAGGUGGAAAAGUCCUGCUCUGACCACACCUACUACAGGGUGGCGGUAACACGCUCCAAAGACAUCCCGUUAUUCGGGCCUCUGUUCCCUAAGGGUGCUCGAUUCCCCCGUUCCCCUGCCUUCAGAGACUUCCUGCUGGCCAAGGCGGUGAACGCUGAGAACGCUGCCGAGAAGGCGGAGAAGUUCCGCUCCAUGGCCACGCGUACACGGCAGGAGUACCUGAAAGACCUGGCAGAGAACUACGUGACCACCACGCCAAUCGACUCUUCCACCAAGUUCCCCCUGCUGUCCUUGGGGGGCAAGCGCAAAGACAAACUGAAGGGGGCCAAGGGGGCAGAGCUGCACAGUGCUGGGGCGCUAGUCUGGGCUGUCAGGGCCACCAGUGGGAAUGAGGAGGAGACAGGAGGACAAAAGCUGCCCUGUCUACUGGGGGUCUCAGCUGAAUCAGUGGUGCUGAUCGAGAGAUACACACGGAGGGUGGUGUUCAACUGCUGCUGCCGUGACGUGAUUGGCUGGAAGGCGGUGACAGACAGCAGGGCCAUAGGUGGGCCUUGCCUGGAUAUCUUCUAUGAGAGGGGGGAGGCAGUGUCAAUCAGUGUGAUGGACAGCCAGGCAGAGGAGAUACGGGAGAUGGUGCAGAGACUAGAGCUGGUGACGCGGGGCUGUGAGGCGCGGGAGGUGACCCCGCUGCGUGACGGGGUGGGCCAGCCAGGCUUCCUGAUGAGCGAGGAGGGCUUUGUGACAGACCUGCAGCGAUUUGGCUAUGCGGAGAGUGGGGGUCUGCAGCUGGGAGCGCGGGUGGUGCGACUGUGUGGUCACGCCCUGGUGCACCUGGGGCCGGAGGAGAGGGCCAGACUGCUCCGCACUGCCCACAAGAUCCACAUCACCGUCAUCCCUCCAGACGAGAACGGCAAGCCCCGCAGGAGUUUCUCCGAGUUGUACCAGAAAGCCAUCCAGGAUGCAGAGCGUAAGCCUGGGGAGGGCCAGUCUGGAGAGGCCUGGGUACUGGACGAGAGGGAGGAGGAGGAGGAGAUGGAGGAAAAGGAGCGUGAACAGGGAGAGGGAAAGGAGGCGGAGACGAUGGAGGGACCAGAUGAGGGAGGAGAGGCUGAGGACAGGCCGUCAGAGAUGGGACAGGGUGAGGAGGACCAGGGGGACCAGGGCUCCCUUUUCUCCACACCCAGCCUGCCUAUUUUACGGGCCACCUCUCUGCAUGACCACCCCCCCAACCAGACCAUGGAGGCGAUCAACCACUCCCAGCUAACACGCAGCUACUCCUUAGAGUACUCCCAGGACAUAUGUGGCGGGCAUGUGUAUGACAACGUGGGUGUGAAGAUGGAACGUCACAUCUAUGAGAACCCAGGGGAGCUGAGAGACGCCACGCCUGACCUCAUCCUGGCUGUUAAACCCAAGGUGCCCCUGGACGAGGAGCAGUUUGUAGGGGCUGAGUUGGGUGAGGAGAGGACGUUAGCGAGGGACCCUUCCCUGUCCUCCGCCCGGUUGUCGUGUCUGGACAGAACAGAGAGGAACUCCCGAGCUUUGAGCCUACACAACUCCAUCACCAAGAUCCUGUCCGAGAACACAGAUUCCUCAGAGGAGGAGUGGCAGUCGAUAGCUGAUCUAGCCUCCGCCUGUCGCGGCAUCCUGGAGGCCUUGUCACAGGAAGAUCGUAAAGCAGGAGAUGGGACCCAAGGAGCAGACUCCCUGACAGAUGGCAAGCUAAAGGACAUGAAGGACAGUGACUCCCCUGGCCACAUGGAGAAGGUUUCCCAGCUGGAGGACAUGCUGAAGAGGCUGCAGGACGACCUGCAAAAGUCUUGUCCACUCAAUGCAGCCACCCCUCACCCUCCUCCACCCAUACCCAGCCCCCUCUCACCCCUCCAUCCAUCCCAGCCAUGGUGGUCUGACAGACGGGUGUUGUUGUGUGCCGCUCCCUGGCAGGAGAAGGAGGACAAGGCGGUGCUGCAGGCCGAGGUGCAGAGCCUCAGGCAGAAUAACCAGCGGCUGCAGGAGGAAUCCCAGAGCACCGUGUCCCGCCUCAUCAAAGUCACCGAGCUGCUGUGCAAUGUCAACAAGCCCUGUUAGCUCCACCACAGUGCACACUGUGUACACACACACACACACACACACACACACACACACACACACACACACACACACACACACACACAAACACACACAGAUCACACACAAACACACACAGAUGAUCGCACACAGAUCACAAACACACUGCACAUUCAAUAUUGUAUAAAAACACACCAGCACAGUACAUCAACCUGCUCUACACCACACAUGCAUAAUACUCCGCAUUCUGUCGGAUGACAUUUUACCUCUGGGCAAGCCCAUGAGGACGGAGUCAACUCAAAAAACAACUCUGAAACAUUUCUCACCAUCUGAUAGUCCUCCCAAUAGAUUGACUAAUGGUUGUGCUUUACCCAAGAGUGUGUUUUGUACCUUGAGUGUGCGCAAGUGAGUGUGUGUGUGUGUGUGUGUGCCGUCACUAUGGUUCUUUUAUCUUGCUUCACAUACUUGACAAGUUGGGCAGAAUAGCAAUUGCUUAAAACAACCCAGUUGAUUUAGAUGAAGAGGCACGUGUGCAGCAUGUUUGGUGGCUGUUUAUUUCAAUUGACACAAAGCGUGUGUGUAUGUCUCAUGAGGUACGUAUGUAAACAGUAGUCUCCCUCCCCUCUCUGCUCAACCCACGCCAUGAUAUGCAGCGUCUCGGACCGAGAGCAGUUCAGCUGGGCACCCUUAGAGUGGAGGGCCUUUGGGCUACAUAUUACACAGGGAAAAGGGAACAUGACAAUUGCAUGCCUGCAGGCAGCCUGCUGGAAAAGAUGGAAUGAUGCAUACUGACCCUGCCUCUCUCUGCCAACAUUCUCACGGAAUGGUUCAUUCAUUGGGUAGAGACACCAUUCUCUCCUCUCCAUACCUCCUCAGCUUAAUUUCAAGGGUGGUGGACUUGAGUAUUCCACGUCUGCUUCCAGUGAAUGAGACACAAUUUAUUUAUAAGGGAAUUGACUCACCAAAUUAAUUCUGAUUGAGUUGAAACAGAUAUUCAAGUGGAUAACACCUCUGCCGAGGAUGAAACAAUGGGGGAGAUCCUCGUCAUCCCUGAAAGACUGGCUGACUGGCUGUAGAAGCUAUGCUGUAGAAAGUGCACCUCCUGCUGGACUGAACCAUGCAUUGUCAUAAGGCAGCUCUCCUUUUAGACAAAACUAUUGUAGGGAUUUAAUGUGAACUGGACAGGAUUUCUUUAGUGAACACAGCCUUCUGUGUUACAAUAUAUGUUGUGUUUGAUGGCCACAAUGACAAUUCAGUGUAUUUGAAAUGAAUCCAGAAUGGAGUGGUUACCUGUGGGUGAGGGAUUCCCCCAUUUCACCCUUUUUGUCUGUGUACCUACUGUAUGUGUGUUUCUGUGUUGUUCUUGCACUUUUAGCAUCACCUAUAUCGGCAUGGGACAGGGCACAUAUUUAACCUCCUGCCCAGGUUCAUGCCUUGCUUGAAACAUUUAAGUGGAUUUGAUCUCACCACUUCACCUCACCCCACCUCACCUUCAGGUCCACUGCUGAUGACGCCAAUAACAAUGUGAGAUCAGAGGAGAACGGGAUUAUUCCUCCUCCAAGACUGUUCUGCCAAAAGAUGCCAAGGCAGCUCUCCUACACCCAACUCAAACCACUGGACCCAGCUGUGUUGUACAGCUCUGUAAGGGAUGCCAAACAAAAAGCUCUUGUUUGUUGUAUAUACUAUUUUACUUCCUCUUGUAAUUUUAUUUUAGAGUCACUGUGAUUACCCGGUACCAGCAGAUAAUGAUAUAUUCAAAUUAAAUUAUAAAUCUAAACUUUAUCUAUAUGUGAAGACAACAUGUACAGCUGAACUGCUCAGUGCUACUUAGUACAUUUGGUUGUGUAUGCCCUCAAUUGCAGGAUGGUUUAAUAUGGAGCCCAGUGUAAAUGUGCCCAAACAGGCAGUUUGAGCCAGGCUGUUUAAAAUGGUGAUGCCUUGUUGUUGGAAAUGAUUAGCAGAGUGGAGAAGUGUAAGAAUAGCUGAUGUUUUACUGUGUUCUUCUGUAUAGUUCUGUAGAUUGUAGGAGGUUGAUGAAGCUUGAUAAUGCACCAGGUCACUUCCUAGCUCCCCUCUCUGUGUGUGUGUAUGUAUGUAACAAAAAAAUAACAAAAAAAAUGUAAUAACUUAUUAAUCUUGCAAAUGUGGAAUUCCCUGUUAGAUGUGUCAAUACAAGGGGAGGGAGGCAGCAAUUAGAUGUGCUAUAAAGUUCAAAUGGUAUGAUAGGGGUUGGUUUUAAGGAAGAAUCUGUUUUUAUAUAUACAUUCAAAUACAAGAAGACAAGAGGUCAAAUAUUUCUGCAGUGUUAUAGUAUUUCUUGGGGAAACGAUAAUGGCUAUCGUUAUCAUUCUAGUAUUGAGCUAUUCAUUCAGAGCUCCUACGUUCACGUUCAAUAAGGUCUCUAAUGCCACUAGGUACGCCUUAAAGAGUGACUCUGGGACUCUCCAGAGAGGACAGGACAGACAACAUGGUCAGACUGGUUCAUGUGAAGGCUUCUCUCUCAGACAUUGUGCCUACCUGAAAUUGUAAUGUAUGGUAACUCAGCGUGGUGUAUUCAUUUCUGUUCUUCAUGGUCAUUGUUUUCAGACAGUGUCGGGUUGUCCUGUAUCCUGCAGGAUAGACAGGUGUGUCUGCCACAUGACAGUGGUAGAUGUAGGGUUGGUUGGUAUGGGGUCUCUCCAGGGUCUGCUCGUCAACCCUCCCGGAGGAUCUAUGGCCAUUAAAUCAAAAAGAUGGGUUUAGGGACCCCAGGAAAGUGUCAUAAAGGUUAUAUGAAGACGAUAUGAAGUGUGUUUGCUUUUGUUAGGUUAAAGGAAAUGAUCCGUAUAGCGCUGGUUUAAGACCAGCAUCUCCAACCUUAUUGAAUCACAAUCAUUCGAUGCAUAAAAACAUAACUUUCCAUAAUCAUUUGGACAUGAACCAUCCAGUGCACUUUGAACCUCCAUUUAUGUAUCACAAAAAGUAUCCCUGAGUGACCCCUAACAACACCUUGUAUGCCUGAGUGACCCCUAACAACACAUUGUAUGCCUGAGUGACCCCUAACAACACCUUGUAUGCCCGAGUGACCCCUAACAACACCUUGUAUGCCCGAGUGACUCCUAACAACACCUUGUAUUCCUGAGUGACCCCUAACAACACAUUGUAUGCCUGAGUGACCCCUAACAACACCUUGUAUGCCCAAGUGACUCCUAACAACACCUUGUAUUCCUGAGUGACCCCUAACAACACCUUGUAUGCCUGAGUGACCCCUAACAACACAUUGUAUGCCCGAGUGACCCCUAACAACACCUUGUAUCCCUGAGUGACCCCUAACAACACCUUGUAUGUCUGAGUGACCCCUAACAACACAUUGUAUGCCUGAGUGACCCCUAACAACACCUUGUAUGCCUGAGUGACUCCUAAGAACACCUUGAUCCCCGAGUGACCCCUAACAACACCUUGUAUCCCUGAGUGACCCCUAACAACACCUUGUAUGCCUGAGUGACCCAUAACAACACAUUGCAGAUGGUAACAAUGCAGUAGUCCUUUCACUCACCUGCUCUAGGCUACAUCAGCUGGCAAACGAUCUCCACCCGGCCAAUAGUAAACCUGUGAGAAUGAUCCCUGGUAGAGACAUUGUGGUUGUUGCCUCCUCCCAUCCAUGCUGUAGGAGAGGAAACCAAUGACCAGUUGUUUUUCUUUUACCCUCUUAUUUGUUUGCCUUAUAUGUCAUUGCAUCAUCCUUACAGGAAACCAAUGCUCUCCGUACAGUGUGUGCCCUACUUCCACCUUGUCAUCUCUUUGCUGCUGUUGUAGAAUGGGAUGUAUUCAUGUGGCCAUACAGUAAGGAUGAUAGAAUACAGUACAUUAUUACCAGUGGAACCACACACAACAUCACAUCCCCAGUGUAGGUUUAUGGGAGGCCUGGCCACACGUCGCUCAUGUCACAACGGUAGCACGCACUAUGCACUCUGCUCAGCCAGUUAAAGAGCUGACGUUACCAUAGCCAGGCAGUGGCACACUGAGGGAAUGUGCUGUGACAAAACAUGGUUUCAGUAUGAUGCCACCUUCACCUGUUAUGUCAUCCACGAGAAGAGUAAAUUGACUAAAUGUUGUUCAUGUACUGUGAACUGGAGGGCUCAUGGCAAUAAAGAUUCCUCUGUACCUUU